AUGACCUCGACUCGUGUAGCGAUCAUUGGCGCCGGCAUCGGUGGCCUCACCCUUGCAAGAAUCCUCCAACGACAAAAUAAUCCGUCUAUCGUGUUCACCAUAUACGACUCAGAUGCGGACGAGAUGGUCCGUGCAACAUUUGGAGGCUCUCUUGACCUCAAAUAUGAGUCAGGCCAACGCGCUUUACACGAUGCUGGCUUGCAUGCCGAAUUCAUCAAACUCUGUCGACCCAUUGGCGAGCAAAUGCGUAUUCUUGACAAAACAGGGAAAGCGUUUUAUGAAGCAACGGACAACGGCGACGCAUUUUACAACCCAGAAAUCGAUCGUGGGCAGUUGCGCUCCCUCCUCCUAGAAUCUCUGGAACCCAACACUGUGCAGUGGGGACGCAAAGCUACCGCAGUCCGUAAAGACGAUGAAACAGGGAAAUAUUCCGUAGAAUUUGAAUCUGGUCAUUCAUUGACAGAUGUCGACAUCGUCGUUGGCGCCGACGGAGCCUGGUCCCGCGUUCGCCCUGUUGUAUGGCCUCAUUCUUCGCCAAUCUAUAGCGGCAUCACUUUCCUCGAAACCAAAAUCAACACUGCACUCCAUCGCGAAUUCGCCCCGCUCGUUGGCCCUGGAGCAAUGUUUGCGUUGACGGAUGGGAAGGCUAUAAUGGCGCAACACAACUCUGGCGACCUCAUGAUGCUUUACUCCGCGGUCCGCGUGCCGGAAGACUGGGCAACCACGUCUGCUGUUGCACUUGCAAACACUCCCGAUGAGAAGUUGUCAUUGAUGUUGAAGGAAUUUUCAGACUGGGACGAGUCGCUGAAAGCCUUGAUUCGUGCUGGAGAUAGCCCCAUCAUACGACCAAUAUACGCACUUCCUUGGGAGUCGGAGCCACGCUUGAAGACUGACAAUAUCGUUUUGUUGGGAGACGCUGCUCACCUCAUGAGCCCAUUUGCGGGGGAGGGCGUGAAUCUUGCGAUGGCCGAUGCUGCUGAUCUUGCCAAAGCAUUGAACAACGGCACUUCUUUGGAAAAGUACGAGAAGGUCAUGCGCACACGAGCCAAUACUGCUGGAAAGGAGUCGGCCACGAAUUUGGACUUGUUUUUUGGCGAAGAUGCCGCCACGAAGGUUGCAGCUUUGUUUAAGAGCUUCGAGAUGCCAUGGGGCGUGUCCAGGUUAGUUAGAUCGUACUUUUACAUUCGCUCCCUCUUUGCAUGA